AUGAGUGCCACCACCGGACCAGAAGCUGCCCCCAAACCAAGUGCCAAGUCUAUCUAUGAGCAGAGGAAACGUUACUCCACUGUGGUUAUGGCGGAUGUGUCCCAGUAUCCUGUUAACCACUUGGUGACAUUCUGCCUGGGUGAGGAAGAUGGUGUGCACACCGUGGAAGAUGCCUCACGGAAGCUGGCCGUCAUGGACAGCCAGGGGCGCGUCUGGGCACAGGAAAUGCUGCUGCGAGUGUCUCCGAACCAUGUCACUCUGCUUGACCCUACCUCCAAGGAAGAGCUGGAGUCUUACCCGCUGGGUGCCAUCUUGCGCUGUGACGUGGUGACGCCACCUGGCAGAAGCCGCUCGCAGCUGCUCCUUGUAUGUCAGGAGCCAGAGCGCUCCCAGCCCGACGUGCACUUCUUCCAGAGUCUGGGCCUCGGGGCGGAGUUGAUCAGAGAGGACAUCCAGGGUGCAUUGCACAACCACCGCUCGGGCCGUGGGGAACGCAGGGCAGCUGCUCUCAGGGCCACACAGGAAGAGCUGCAGCGAGGACCCUCGCCGGCCGUCGAAACCCCGCCCCUGCAGCGCAGACCAUCAGUCCGAGCCGUAAUCAGCCACAUGGAGCCCAGCGCAGGACGUGGACGACCCCAGGCAGAGCCCAUCCCCGAGGCGGAAGAGGCUCGAGAGCCAGAUUCAGUGGCGACCUUGAGCAUCACUGACCCUGCCUCCCCGGACUUGGGCCCCCGGGGGCCUGACAUGGCCAGUCUGCAGGCUGAGCGGGAUGUGGAUAUCCUGAACCAUGUGUUUGAUGACGUGGAAGGCUUCGUCUCCAGGCUGCAAAAGUCAGCAGAGGCCACCCGUGUCCUGGAGCAUCGAGAAAGAAGCCGCAGGACCCGGCGCCGGGCGGCUGGGGAGGGCCUUCUAACGCUUCGGGCCAAGCCACCCUCUGAGGCUGAGUACAAGGAUGUGCUUCAGAAAAUCAAAUACGCCUUCAGCCUUCUGGCUCGGCUGCGCAGCAACAUCGCAGACCCCUCCUCCCCAGAGUUGCUGCACUUCCUGUUCGGACCCCUGCAGAUGAUCGUGGACACUUCGGGUGGCCCUCAGUUUGCAAGUGGAGUGCGGCAGCCACACUUGACGUCUGAGGCCGUGACGCUGCUUCGUGACACCGUCAACCCGCGGGAAAGCGCACUCUGGACCUCGCUAGGGGAUUCGUGGACCCGGCCGGGCGUGGAGUUGCCCCCUGAGGAAGGAUCCCCAUACAUUCCUGAGUUCUACAGUGGCUGGGAGCCCACGUCCACCGACCCACAGGGCCGCCCCUGGGAAGACCCCGUGGAAAAACAGCUCCAACACGAACGUAGGCGACAGCAGCAAAGUGCUCCCCAGGUUGCUGUCAAUGGUCACCAGGACCCAGAGUUGGAACCUGAGCCGGAGCCCGAGCCCGCACCGGCAGGAAAGUGGUGCCUGGCUAUUUACGACUUCCAGGCCCGAAACAGCAGUGAGCUCUCGGUGAAACAGCAGGAUGUGCUGCAGGUCUUGGAUGACAAACGCAAAUGGUGGAAGGUUCGGCACCCGAACGGGCAGGAGGGAUAUGUGCCCUUUAACAUUCUGACCCCCCAUCCAGGACCCCAGGGGGGCCGAAGCCCUACUUGCAUCCUGGAAAAUAAAAACACACACCCUGCGACCCAAGCCCCGCCCCAGGUACCAGCACCAGUUCGGUCCCACUGGGACAGCUGUGAUGGCCUCAACAACCUAGACCCCAGUGAGAAGGAGAAAUUCUGCCAGAUGCUCAGUAUCAAUGAGGAGCUGCAGGUGCGCCUGGCGCAGGGCCGCUCGGGCCCCAGCCGCGCCGCCCCAGGACCCCGCUCCCGGGAGCCGCAGGUCAGCCCGCGUUCGGAUGCCUCGGAGGUCCGCGCCUGGCUGCUGGCCAAAGGCUUUAGUUCCGGAACGGUGACCGCGCUGGGCGUGCUGACCGGUGCGCAGCUUUUCUCGCUGCAAAAGGAAGAGUUCCGGGCUGUGAGCCCCGAGGAGGGGGCUCGUGUGUACAGCCAGGUCACCGUGCAGCGCGCGCUGCUAGAGGACUCAGAGGAAGUGUCAGAGCUGGAGGCGGUGAUGGAGAAGCAAAAGAAGAAAGUGGAAGGCGAGACAGGGUCGGAGGUCAUCUGA